UUGCAUUGCCAAGGCCAACAACCAACCAAGCUCAGAGGAUCAGUUUCAGUGCUGAAGAGCUGAGCCACCGAUCUGAUUUAUUUCUCUCGACCCACCCCAGUCGCUGGGCUAGCGAGUCGCACUUACCAAAGAAGGUCAUCUCUCCGUCAAAUCUUCAAGGGUUUCUUUUGGCAAAUCCAUGGCAUUAUCUUAAUUAUGGUGGCGAGUUCCAGAGGAUUCACGACUCAGCUUGAGUUGAAGCUCUCCACGCUCUUCAUCUCCUAUGGAUUGGCGCCGAGUAAAAAGAAGAGAAUGUGCUUUCCUCGUGAUCCGCUCACUAUAUUGAGUCGAAUCAGUUGCUGCUGCUCCGAACCCGUGGUUCCGGUUCGGAGAGGCAGUGGUUCAGGCAAGAGCAAUGAGAAGGUGGAGGAUUGGCGAUUCGACUCCAAGAAAAGCCCUCACAGGGUUCGAGUCCAGGCCUCUUCCGCAAUGCCGUUCGCUUCAGCUCAAUCUCGAUUUCCUUCCAAACAGGAAAAGUUCUACUCUCGGUGCACCCCACGGAAUUCUGGUCCUCAGUCUCGUGAUACUCCACCAAAAAGAGACACUGGUAUAGCAAAUGAGAAAGAUUGGGGCAUUAGUUUGUUAAAUGAGAGUGUUAAUGAGUCUGGCACAAAUGAAGAUGGCAGUACCUGGUAUCAAGAAAGUGGGGAAGACCUUGGUGAAAAUGGGCACCGAUGUAGAUGGACUAGGAUGGGUGGUAAAUCCCACGAUGGUUCCUCUGAAUGGAAGGAAACGUGGUGGGAGAAAAGUGACUGGAGUGGAUACAAAGAGCUAGGCGUUGAGAAAUCAGGAAGAAAUGCUGAAGGAGACUCAUGGUGGGAAACUUGGCAAGAGGUGCUUCAUCAAGAUGAAUGGAGUAAUUUAGCGAGGAUAGAGAGGAGUGCUCAGAAGGAAGCUAAAUCAGGCAGUGAAAAUGCUGGUUGGCAUGAGAAAUGGUGGGAGAAGUAUGAUGCUAAAGGCUGGACAGAAAAAGGGGCACAUAAGUAUGGUAGACUGAAUGAACAGUCAUGGUGGGAGAAGUGGGGAGAGCAUUAUGAUGGAAGUGGAUCUGUUCUCAAAUGGACAGAUAAAUGGGCUGAGACUGAAUUGGGAACUAAAUGGGGAGAUAAGUGGGAAGAGAAGUUCUUUGCUGGUAUUGGCUCGCGUCAAGGGGAAACAUGGCAUGUAUCUCCGAGUGGCGAACGCUGGUCAAGAAAAUGGGGUGAGGAGCAUUUUGGAAACGGAAAAGUUCACAAAUAUGGAAAGAGCACAACUGGUGAAAGCUGGGAUAUUGUUGUUGACGAAGAGACGUACUAUGAGAGUGAACCUCACUAUGGAUGGGCAGAUGUGGUGGGCGACUCAAGCCAGUUGCUAUCCAUACAACCUCGGGAGAGGCCGCCUGGUGUCUACCCUCCCCUUGAUUUUGGGUCAUCGCCUCGUCCAGGUGAUGACCAAUCAGACAAACCUCCCACUUCAGCAUCAUGAGGAGACCUUUUUUUUUAAUUAAUUAAUUAAUUUUUGUUUUAGGUGGUUCCUAUCAUUUAAUCAUAUUGGUUUGAACUCCAAACAUGUGUUAGGAGACAUUUUGGAUUAUUUCAGUGUGAUUGAUUCAUUUUUCGA